GGUUACUUUGAUCAGCUGGUCGCUGCAGAUGUCGGACUUCUGCUAGAUAACAAUGUAGCCAGAUAGCAAAGUACUGAGUGUCGGCUUCUCUGUGGAGGAGGCAGAGCCAUUUAGACGUACUAACCGGCUGUAUCAUUGUCAGAGGGUGGCGAGUCAUCCAGUUUGAAAUCGCCACCUGCUUCUUUCCCGAUCAUCUACGCAGAUUGACUGCCUUUAGACAGUUGUUAUUGUUUUCCAGUUUUAAUCUGAUCUUUAUCUCUUCCGCUCCUUCAAAAUUUCAGUGAUGCGAAGGCGAAAUAACUCGCCCAACGCAGACCAUGACAGCUCCGCUACGAAGACACUGGUGGACAGCAGUCCGAAAUUAAAGCAGUGUCACAAGGGAGACGCUAGCACGGAACCGGGAGAUUCUGACAAAACCAUGCGAAGAAAAUUCGGAAGGGGAAACGGGACUGGUCUGAGAUGUAGGAUGAGGAGAAUUUUCCUGUGGCUUUUGGGAAUAUACAUUGCUAUUCCCUUUAUCAUCAAGCUCUGUCCCUCCAUUCAGGCCAAGCUGGUAUUUCUAAACUUUGUGAGGGUACCGUAUUUUAUUGAUCUAAAGAGGCCGCAGGAUCAGGGGUUGAACCACACAUGCAACUUCUAUCUUCAGCCGGAGGACGGGGUUCAUGUUGGAGUGUGGCAUACAGUACCAGCCGUGCUGUGGAAAGAAGCACAGGGCAAAGGGGGAGACUGGUAUGAGAGUACCCUCCACUCCACUCAUCCUGUCAUGCUGUAUCUCCAUGGCAACGCAGGCACAAGGGGAGGUGAUCACAGAGUUCAGCUUUAUAAGGUUCUUAGUUCAUUAGGCUACCAUGUAGUCACACUUGAUUAUAGAGGUUGGGGUGAUUCAGAAGGCAGUCCUUCAGAAAGAGGGAUGACGUUAGAUGCUCUGUACAUUUACCAGUGGCUGAUGCAAAGAGUAAACAACAACCCACUUUACAUCUGGGGACACUCCCUGGGCACUGGAGUGGCUACUAAUUUGGUGAGACAUCUAUGUGACAGAGGAACACCACCAGCCGCUGUUAUCCUGGAGUCUCCAUUCACCAACAUUAGGGAGGAGGCCAAAAGCCACCCUUUCUCUAUGGUUUACAGAUAUCUGCCAGGCUUUGAGUGGUUCUUUUUGGAUGCCAUCACUGCAAAUGACAUCCGGUUUGCCAGUGAUGAGAAUGUGAAUCAUAUUUCCUGUCCUGUGCUAAUUCUCCAUGCUGAGGAUGAUACUGUUGUCCCAUUUCCCCUGGGUAAAAAGCUGUACAAUAUGGCAGCUCAGUCCAAGAGUCUGAGUGGACACAAGGUGCAGUUCGUCCCCUUCCAGAGUUCUCUAGGCUACCGACACAAGUUCAUCUACCGGAGCCCACAGCUGCCACACAUACUCAGUGACUUCCUUGGCACGACUCAUCCCCAUGCAUAGCUCAAGCUCCAGCUGUCUGCUGCCCUCAGACUCAGUUAGAAACACACACACACACCUCUUUCUCCACUGUAUAUGCGCACACACACAAGUGCUCGCUCUCUCUCACACA